AUGCCCAGCAGAAGUUCAUCUAAAAACACGUCUGAACGCGCCCCCGUUUUGAACGCAGCCGCAGCCGACUUUUCGCCAAACCGAGCUACUAUUCUUCAACCGGCCAAUAUGGAUACGCGCUUUGUUGACUCUGGCGAUGGCGAUUUUGUCCCUGGCGAGUACGUCGAGGGCGGUGAGGAGAGCGUGACGUUAAAGCCUGACGCUUUGACAGCAUAUGUUGAUAGAUUCACGCCGUUGCCCGACUUUCAACUAACCGAACAUGGGGUAUCUCAGAUGCAAAAGGAAACGCAUAUUCUCCAGACGGCACAUGGACUGGCCCUGGGCCUUUGUUUGGAGAUUGGACAGCUGAAGGAGGAGUUGAAUGCGAUCAGAGAGUCGAAUAGGAAGAGAAAUGGGAACGAGAAUACGAAUACGGUUGGUGAAGGAGGUGAAGAGUCACCUCCUUGGACCGGGAAAGAGAAUCAGGAUGUCAACGGCAGCAUCGAGGAAACCGAGAAACCCGAUGCGGAGGCCGUAGUCGGCAAAAAGAUAAUCGCAUUUCUCCGUCUUACGAAGGAUACUCCAUAUCCGCACCGCCUGUAUUGUAAAGACAAUUACGCCAACUGGCGGGAGUCGAUCCUUUCCAUUGCUGAGUCCACAGGGUGCAGCUACAUCAUCGAUAAUGGGCAAAAGUUCUCUCCCUUCACGGAUGAAAACACGUACCUAUGGGGCCAGCAGAAUGACUGGCUAUAUAAUCUGAUAUGGGACUCAAUAGAUUCACAGGCAAUGGAAGCAGUCACUCAGCCAACAAGGCGCUCCGCAUACCUUCUCUGGAAUCAGCUGGAAUCCACAUUCCGUCGACCUCUUGAAGAGGAGCGCCGCUCCAUUUUCCAAAACCUAUACCCGUCCCAGAAAACGAGUGAUAGGGAAUAUAUCAAGCAGUUCCAGGAAGCGAGGAGGAAACUGGAGAAGCUUGGAUUUCCAGUUCCUGAUUGGCUGUUGUACGAUAUCUUGUAUGAGGGUGUUUCAAGCGCUUCACAAGAUAUCAUCCAUGCCAACUUUAAGUUGAAACAGGAGGAGACGCCCAAAUCCAUCCCGCAGACACUGGAUAUCGAUAUCUUGAUUGAUGAGCUGGUAGCCUGUUUACCCUCAGAAGGAAACACUAUUAUCAGCACUAUUUCGGCCAGUGAUAGCAAUACUGAUUUGUCACCCAACCAGUCGCCCUUAACCCUUUCUAACGACAUGAGGGAUGGAAUCGUGUCCGUCGUAGCGAGCAAGGUCAGCAACGAUGGUGACGUUAGUACUCGUAGCGGAACAACCAGGUCAACCUCGAAGAAGAAAAAGGAGAACAAUCGGCAUCAAUCGUCAAACUCAAGUAAUACAAGUAGCAGCGAGACGAUCAAAUGCCGGGACAGCAGCCGUGGGAAGGAAGAACGCGGCCAAUCCCAAACCCAAACCCAGACCCGCCCGGACCCGAGUGUUAAGUGCGAAUUCUGCACUCGACCAGGUCAUACACAGUCUGCCUGCUACAUAAAAAAUCCGGAACUAGGCUCUGAGCGCUGGCGUCGCCAGAAUCAGCAAACGAACGAAUUCUUCCGCCAAAAGGCGAUUCGGGAACGACAACAGCAAAAUCGAAAUCCUUCAGGGCCCGCGCAGCAGGAACAUAACAAGAAUCGAGGCCGGACUGGACAGAGGGGGAGUAAUCAGAACAGUAAUAGUAACUCGAAGCCGGAAACUGCCAUCGCGAGUCCCACCAAGAUAAAUAUGAGUCAACGCAUCGAGGCCAUUGCGAGGCAGUUUUAUGAGCAGAUGGAUAAUGAGGUUUGA